GUCGUAUCAAUGAUUAGCCGGCCAGACUGGACGUCUCUCUCGCCCGCCGCUAUGCCUCCACGGACUCGCGCGACGUUUACGCAGUCGACGGCGACAGUCACCUCCUCGAAGACAGGUCCAACGGACCGGCGGAGUCUCCUGUCUAUAAACUUUGGUUCAGCUUGCUGCGUCGCGGGGAACAACAGCGAGUGUGUGUGUGUGUGUGUGUGUGCAUGUGCGCGUGUUUGGGCAACGUAAAAGAGUCUCAUCGGGAGUGCGUCAAUCGGCUGGCUGUUCGCAUUUGCUCGCCCCCAAACGAGACACCAACUGCCAACUCUGCUAUACACAGCGACGCCGACAACGGAGAUCGGAGUUGGAUUCCAAACCUGCUGCGCUGUGUAGGAGGUGCUACGGAGGACUGCGUAAAAAAAAAGAAAAAAAAAAAUUCUGUGCCAUCUGUGUUAGCUCGUCACUUGAGGGAGGAGGAGGAGCAGGCUCAUUUCCUCUCCUAGUACAAGGGUCGUCGGCUUGUACUAUAUACGUUUGUGCACCAAGCCUGCAUUCCGCUGCACUCUCUCGAGCCGGAGGAGGAGCCUGAGUUCGGUUUUCGAUCGCUUAUUUCUCUUUCUUUAAUACUUUAAAAUCUAUUCAUUUACGCCUUCUCGAGCGUGCCAGAUGUGACACCGAUUUGCUCGAACCUAGCAGCGCUGUGUGUACGUGUCUCGGCGUUGAAGUGGCGGAAUUCGAUCCUGGCGGGAUAAAUCGUGCAAAUAUUGUUGUUGUUUUUUUUUUUUUUUUUGCCGGUCGCUCAUCCAUUCGCACCGUCGUGCUUGUUUUACGCCGGUCGUAGAUCCGCACGCGGUUGUGUAAACAUCAGCGACUGAAGCCCCGACGCGCUCUAGAGUAUAUCUUUACGACCGUGUUGCGUAUCACACGCUCGGUUCCUAUCCCGUGACGACUGUGUGAAUCGUCUACCCUUGAAACACCGUACCGGCCCUUUCUCUGUUUUUCUUUUUUUUUUUUAAUCUCUCUCGCUUGGCGGGAAGAGGCAAGCUGUUCGAGUUCUCAAACGCCGCCACGUCUUCUCUCCACUGUACACGCAUACGUUAUCAACGGCAACGCUUACGUCGAGCGCGCAUCUCGGACUGAAGGGCGCACACAUCUGUACCGGCCGGAGCCUACGCAUACAUCGACGCCUUCGCACGUGUUAGUGAAACCUACACGCUUACGCAAUCUGUGGAAAAAAGAAAGACCAAAUCAGGACGGCGGUGUUGUCUUCCACAGACCUUUCGGUGUACGUGCCCAGCUCUAGUUGCGGCGAUCGACCGUGCUUCCGGGAGUGGAUCGAGUGGUCUCCGAAAUACGUCACCCAGUUCGUCGCAUCCUGUGUUGCUGCUACAUUCCCGGCCCAGCAAUUGAUUUGGCGCGAAACCUCGUGUCCCAGCUUCAGGAACUGUGGACAGCUGCAUGCCCUCUUUUGGGCAGGGUCACAACCGUUUCGUGUUCGACGGCUGAAGUGCGUCUCGCGGUCGCACGAGAGUUCGCACUGUAUAGUCAAUUCUUGCUUAUUUGACUGCUAAACUUGGUUUUCUGAGGCCAGAGCCUUCGUCCAGGAGCUACACAUCUUGUGUUCUCCUCCUGACCUGCUGACGCGCAAGAACGUCGUCCAGGAAUUAAACAACGGUGCCCUUGUUCAAUUUUUUUCACGUACCCCGUCCAAGUAACCAGGGCUCUGCAUUACUGCCCUCGCUUUAUAGCAGUCAGCGUUGUCAACUACGCUCGUACUUGAUAGAACGAUCACGGGUCGUUGCGGGCCUGUUUAUGUUGUGCUUUGAAUGAUCAGCCAACGAAGCAUUCGCGUCGCUCUGCAUAAUAGGCUGGCGUAAAUAUACGCUGUUCAAUAUAUCCUACAGGAUCUGUAAAUUGCGAUAUUCAUAGGCAUCUGCGAGUCCUCGGUUAAGAAUCACAACUCCAAGUGCGAUCGUGACCUUCUCCGCCACAGACACCCCGUAAACUGGCCCUAAACAUCAAGUACUCGUCGUCGUGUUAUUCAUUACGGUGCAACUCCCAAGUGCGAUCGUGCCCUAUACCCUGCCCUCUGAAUCAAGUAAGUGUCGUCAUUUGAUUACGCUGUGACUCCAAGUGUGAUCGUGUUCUACUUCCGUGCCAUUACCGCGGCCCUCAGGAUCAAGCAUAACCUUCAUCGUGUUGAUUACGCCUGCAAACAAUUAAAAGAGGCGCGCGUGCUUCUCUGAGGAGGCCAUCGGUCGCCAUGCAGCAUGCCAUCGCCAGGGUGCGGACGUUGUUCAAGAGUCGACCCCUUUUGGCCAACGUCGUCUCGUUCGGCUCCAUGUACGUGGGGGCCGAGGUAGUCCAGCAGACCAUACUCCAGAAGCUGGACCCAUCCGUGCGCGGCUACGACUGGCCGCUGGUGGGCCGGUACGCCGUGGUCGGCACGGGCAUCUACGCGCCGGCGCUCUUCUACUGGUACCGGUACCUGGACCGCGUCUUGCCGGGCAAGCUGGUUGCCGUCGCGGUCAAGAAGGCCCUCAUCGACCAGGUCUUGGCGUCCUCCACGCUUCUGGUAGCCUUCUACACGGCCAUGAGCGCCAUGGAGGGCAAGGAAGACAUCUUCGCAGAACUUAAGGCCAAGUUCGUACCAACGUACAAGCUCAGCUGCUGCUUCUGGAUCCCAGCGCAGUGCUUCAACUUCUUCCUGGUGCCGCCCCACCUGCGCGUCGUGACGGUCGGCAUCUGCUCGUUCGCGUGGGUCAACAUCCUCUGCAUCAUGAAGCGCAUGACCAUUAAGACCCAAAAGGAGGACGCCUAGAGCGGCGACCAUCGGGGGAUUGACGUCACUACCGCUGACAUCAAGCUGAUCGCGCGUCCGGACGUGACGUCACCGCAUCCGAGGGAAAAAAAAAAGAACCUUACAAUGGAACGACGUCAUGUCCGCAAGGAAAAAGACCGACAGUUUGUUACCGUGCCUCUAGUCGUCCGGGCGUCAAUCAAAAGGCGCGUGUACCGCGGAGUGCCUUUCUUCGACCGAACUGUUAUUUCUUUAACGGGUAACGUUCGUCGUCGCCGCAAAGAAAAAAAAAAAAAAAAAAAGAAGUGCCUACCGACUGAACGUUGACGCGCUUCAAGCGAUAUGUAUAGCCUCGUUAUGUACUCUACUCAGUUUUCGCGAAGCGUAGUGUCUUGGUGAAGUCGCCACUUUGGUGCUAACGUGAGAGGCUUGAGUUGGGAUACUCGCGGAUAACUUUCUGGGUGACGGUGAAAGAAAAGCCGCGUAAAUGAAGCGCGUGACAGCAUCUCCGCAAUGUAGUCCCACAGACUCGUUUUGCGAUUGCUUAAACUGGGGAGCAGGGAACAUAAACAUCUCGUUUACUACAGCACUCACAAUAAAAUUGGACAUAAAAUACACCCCGUGUUGUUAAAUUUAAAUUUAAUUUUCUUCAGCUUUUGAUAUUCCGCGUUUUGGCAAAUGCGACACCGUCGAUCGCACGUAGUAAGGCUAAACUGAUACCGUAUCUGCUCAAAAAAAAAAGAAAGAAAAAAAAAAAAAACCAGAAAGCGCUGUUAGACGCGGCAGGACUAGUUGGCGCAGUAAUACACGUGCUAAAGCUCCACCUCUUUAGCUUUCCAACUUCACUGCCACAGAAAGUUGUUCGCGAGUGUGCUUGACUGUUUGUCCUCUUUGUAAAGUGUGCUUGCAGUGUGCAGCAGGUUGGGGGAAAGAAGCUGCGACGUUUGUACUGACCUGUUGCAAGCACCGUAACUGCAUUAUUUUGCUCUGGCGUUAUACAGUCAUUUAUAUUGACAACCAGCCGAAAUAGAAGCUUUUUGGGAGACUGUUUCUCGCGCAUAGCCGCGACGUAAGAGCGGGAUUGGACUUGGUCCUGUUUAUGUGUCUCGGCGUAUACAGAUAGUGCAAACGCCAUAAGUUUUCAACAGAGCUUGCAGGGCAUUUUGGUUUCUAGAUCACUCUGCGCCUUUAUCAGCAGCCGUGCCUAUUUGAACGCUACAUAAGCUACAUGAUUUUUCCUUGUCAUUAUAUCAUUUUAUUUGAUUCUCUGUACAGCAGUGUUGUGACGUCUAUAUAGAGUAUACAAGAUGCCCGUGGUGAGCGGCUGGCGCACUCUCGUAGUUGUUAGGCUUAAUGGACGCAAUCCUAAACGAUCGGGUUCAUGCGCCGUCUGCUACCGUCACUAACGCGCUGCAUCUGUAAAUUAUGGAACAUGCUGUGUCAUGCGCACGCGCACUCACUUACGUGAUCUGCCAGAAGACUUUAGCAGACGACGCGGCAGCGGGAUCAGGAACUUCAUCCACUGAAUCUACCACGAGAGUGCGCUUGCAGCUCGUGCAGAGUAAGGCUCAGUGCAGAGUGCUUUGCCUGUUUACCGGCCUGCACGUGAUCCCGUGUUCUCGGUCAUAAAAUAUCGUGACUGUACCACCCACGAAACCGUAUCGUAUACAGCCGGCGUCAAAAGUUUACGGGACGCGGGAGCUCGGAUGAUGAUCUGGAUAAUUCCGCAACCUUGGACACGCAUCCCGGAAUUUAGACAUCCAGCCUCGACGGGCACACGUGACCACUCAGCACAGUGAUGCGCUAAUUUAGUGGAUGCAGGAAAAAAAUGUAACCGUGCGGAAAUGCAACUUUUUCACGAAACCCGCGUCCCACAAUCUUUUGACACCGGCUGCAUUUGUCUCUCAUCUCUCUCUCUCUCUCCUGCCUUCGUGAGUGACGGUCUGUAUGCUCAAAGUUAAAAUGCAUAUCAGCAGAGUCUUUUGAAAGUUAUCACAUCAUCAGGUGUUACUAACAAAUAAUACCUGAGUUUAUCGGGGAGUGUUACCGCGGCUUAUCAGUGGUGUCCAUGUUCAGCGUCUCGACGUCGGAUUGUUGGUGAAUUAGUGCCACCUGCAGCUUAGUGGCAGGAGUUGCGUGUCGCGCGAGUCGAUCGUUCUGUCAAGUUAAGGCAGUGGUUAACCAUUGUGGAAGAUUAACUUAAACAUUUACGGCGUCUCAUCUGUGCAAUCUUGGUGGUCCUACUAGAGGCUACGAACUGCAGUGUGUCCGGCGAAGUCUGUUAUAGAGCGGAGUGCAUAGACAAAGGCAUACGAUCGAACCGCUGUCUUCAGUAUAUAUAUACAUAGAUGUGCCUUUGGCGAUGCUUUACUUUUUAGUAUACAUUAGGAUUAGGCUGUAUAUACUUAGGCGGCUAGUCCUAUGACGUUUACUUAUUGUAGAUCAAGAUUGGCGCUGUGGUUAACCUUCAGCACUUGUGAGGAUGUCGUAGUCAAGCUUAUUUCGGGUAUAUUAGUACCUUUGUACUCCGGGGUAGUUUUCACCUCUGCACGGCGUACAAAUAUUUGAGACUAUAUAAGCCUCUUUACGGCGUGUCUAACGUAUUGCUCGUUUAUAUUUGUAAGCGUGAAAAGUUUUUAGCAAGAGUUUUCCGCUUGUUAAAGAAAGUAAGGCGCAGUGGUGUUUAUUCCACCACACAAACCAUUUCUAAAACUUCCGGGCUGGCUUUUUAGCAGUGCAAACGUAUAUGUCGGCCAACAGAUUGUUAAAAUGGUGACAAUUUUAGCAAUGCCCUCGCGUUUGUGCAUUCUUGGCGAUUAUGUAUAUGUACAAUGUGUUCCUGCAGCAGCAGGAACAGGGCACGAGAUGCACCGAUAACCAUCAUUUCAAUUUAGGUGGUCGCUACAUUUUAAGGCAAAGCUGGAUACCAAUUUGCAUAAGAGUCAGUUAUUGCUAUAUAUAGUAUACUACAUAACAAUAGCUCUAAAUUUCACUGCCUGUAGCCAAGUGUAUCGCGUCCCAAGUGUAGAUAGUAUCAAGUGCCUGUUACCGCAAUGGCCAUCCUUACAGAAAUCUCUAAAACUUGAGCAGACUAUUCUCACAAAUAGCGCUGAACUUGGUACGACUAGCCGAAGUUGUAUUAACAAUAUACCGACAAGCACGUGACCGUUGGUAGAGCUGAGUAAACGGCUGGCACAUAGCAACUUCAGCUAUGGGACAGAAAAUGAAAGGGCGUAACGUUACGAUACAAGAAGAUGGUGGAGAAAGCAAAACGCGGGUGGCUGAUGUUAAGCGGUUGAGAUCAGGAGAAAGGAAGUGCAUAGUUCGGCAAGUUUUGUCAUUCGUGGUACAGAUAACUGGCGGUACUCGACAGAAACAGAAUGGCUGCUAAAUGAAAGGGUGCAUGUUGUCGAGAGCGGUAGAGAAUUAGAUGGUGUGGAUAGACUGGGAAGUUUGCAGGCAUGGUGUGGAGUUGGGCUGCUUAAAAUAAAGGCUAGAUCGAUAGGAGAGGGUUUUUUUUUCUCCUAGGAGUGGACAGUAAAAUGACCUGACGAUAAUGAUGGCGGUUAUUGUGGUGGUGGUGGUGAUGAUGAUGAUGAUGAUGAUGAUGAUGAUGAUGAUGAUGAUGAUGAUGAUGUAACAUUUCGAGUCAGUGUCACACCGGUUCUUGUCGCCCGUGCAUUCGGCGUAGACGUACAGUGAGCGCCAAUACUUUUUUCAAGUGCCUUUGCUUUGCCUCUGUAGUGCCUUUGCGUCGAUUCUCGCGCCUCGUUUCGUGAGAAAUCUGUUCUGUGGUAAGCACCGCCGGCCUUCUGCCGUGGCUCUUCCAUUUUUAUCCACUGCUAAGAAGUGCCUGUAUAUUGCCUUGUGUUAUCUGAUGAUGAAUACUGCUCGUACUGGUGCAACACAGUGCAACACGUAUGUAUCUAGUGCAACACAUACAGGAAUAGAAGGUUCACUCUGUGCUGAAAUUGUAAGUGCUCUCCGGGGAAAAAAAAAAGUACGCUUUCGCAGAGUCUUUUGCUUUUGAUUUUUCAUUGUAUUUGGUAUGAGCAGCAUCGAGUUCGCACAGUGCGAAAGAAGGCUUGAUGUCUGAAAAGUCGGAAGUACAUGCUGCCAAAUUCGAUCUCCACAUUAGGGAAGGUUAGUGUUUCAACUUAGUGUUCCCGCAAAGAAGGGAACGCUAAGGGUCAGUAUUAUCGCUCCGAACGAGCAAUAUAGGACAUGCAGGAUAGUGCGGUUUCGCGAACGUGUUUUCAAAAGCUCGCAGUUCCGGUGAAGGGAAACUCCGGUUUGCGUAUACGUAGCGGCAAUCUGUCCUGUCACCAGUUUUCAGCGUUGCGCCUCAUAAGCGUAUCGUAAAUUAAACGAAUUGGCUUGCCUACGGAAAUUCGAAAUUUUUAAUCUAGAAAGUUCUAUAAAGCAUUCUAUUCGGUCGCAGUGCGCGCGAGUUUCUAAAAAAAAAAUACCAUCUCGGCUCUUAGCCGUUUUGGCUUAAGAACACGAGCCAUAUGAAUAUUAGUGCAAUCAAAGCGUUUAUCAGUUGUGGUGGGCGCGCGAAACACAUUGCUUGUUACGUCCAUUUCUUUUCUAUAACUCCACGUCCUUCGCGAUGUAUAUUCGUCACCAUGCAACUUUACUAAAGCGCCAAGUUUGCAACACUUGUCGCGGAAAAUCGUUGAAACAGUUUUAAUCGGUGUUGUUCGUUACGGUACACUUUGGCUAGAAAUAUAACGUAAUAGCGCGGAAGGGUGGUAAGCAUCAUUUGAAUAUAAACUCAAAAGUAAGUAUAUAAGCAUAUAACUUGAAUCAAUCAAAACAAUAUCUGCGGCUAUGAUUUUACCACUAUACUUUGUUAUCUAAAGCGUACAGCUAUAGAAAGAGCUUCUCCUGAAAAAAAAAAUAUAGAAGGUGAGACAUAAGUUCCCUUUACGGCCAAGGCUUUGAAACGAACGUUCCCAGUCUCACUGCAUGAGAAUGACUUGCAGAAAAGGAGUACAGGUGCCUCUAUUCGAAAAAGCAACUGGCCGUCCCAUUCUAUUUUCUAGAGUUGUUUUACACCCCAAAGGGAGUAUAUGUUCUUAGGGACUGGGCAAAAGUAUGUAGAGUAAACGUAUGUACUCCAUCAGGGAGCAUACGAGAACUCUCGGAAAUGGAGUUAAGUGAGGGGACAGUCAGUUACUCCUUCAAGGGGAGUGACCGGUACUAUUUUUGUGGAACUUUCUUCACCUUAUGGAUUUCUGCAGAACUCCGUUUUGUAGAGGUCUUGUGCACCCCAACGUGGUGUCUAUUACAAGCAAAUGCGUAAACAGGGUGUUUCAUUUUAGCGGCACCAAAUUUUUAAAAACUGCCUGUAGCAGAUAGCACAAUUAUAAUCCUUGAUCUAGACUACUCGAUGAGGCGGCCAUUACUUCCACGAGAAAUCAAAACGCCUAUUUGAAUAAUGACCACAAUUACGCUAAUUAACUUUUAAAAUAAUUGUUUUACAGCACAUCUUUCAAUCUACGAAAUAUCGCCGCUGAGUUCGCAAAGCGUAUCCACUUGGAACGAAUGCUCAGGACUGAACCAGUUUCGCGAUAUUAAUUUUCAAAGUGUCCGACGAAAUGCAUGGGCGUUCCAGUUAACUUUUUGAGGAAGACGCUGUUUUAUGCAUUGAAGCACAAAGUUAACUGGAACGCCCAUGCAUUUCGUCGGACACUUUGAAAAUUAAUAUCGCGAAACUGGUUCAGUCCUGAGCAUUCGUUCCAAGUGGAUACGCUUUGCGAACUCAGCGGCGAUAUUUCGUAGAUUGAAAGAUGUGCUGUAAAACAAUUAUUUUAAAAGUUAAUUAGCGUAAUUGUGGUCAUUAUUCAAAUAGGCGUUUUGAUUUCUCGUGGAAGUAAUGGCCGCCUCAUCGAGUAGUUUAGAUCAAGGAUUAUAAUUGUGCUAUCUGCUACAGGAAAUUUCAAAAAAAUCUGGUGCAGCUAAAAUGAAACACCCUGUAUAAUAGGCACCCUUCAUCGUAGAGAGUACGAGACCUCUCGAAAAUGAAGUCAAAUAUGAUGGCACAGGGAGUUUAUUCGAUAAGGGACGCCGAUAUAGUACAUACUCCCUUUCAAGUGAAACCUUACGUCUUGCGGAUUUUGGCAAGACUAAUUCGCUCAUUCAACAUUCCCUUUGCAUCUAGUGUUCAAAAUGUUUAUCCUCUGCUGAUUGGCUGUUGGCGGCAACUUUUUGGAACGAAGUGCUCCAAGUUCCUUGUAAAUUCCGCCUUCAGGCUUCGGGGUUACUGUAGAGAUACUUAGGGCUACUAUACUUUUCAGAAAGAUUGAGAGAAAACAAAAUGGUUAUAUAUUUUUUAUUUUUUAUUUGCGUAUUCUUUACGGGCUCCUAAUUGGAGUAUUGUGUUAGGGGGACGAUACAUUGUUAUUGUAAAAGAUAAGAGUGCGUGAAUACGGGCAAACAAAAAAACAAAGAAACAGGCGUUAUAGAAAAUGUUUCAAUUAACCUCAGAUUACGAUCGAUUUUGUUCUAUUUCAGGGGCUUCCUUGCGAUCUAAGGUACAAUGCGGUAGUCCGAGGAAAAAAAGUAGGUAACUGGCGGAAACUUGGUCGCGUCAGUCCAGGAUUACCUGCUGUUUACCUUCAGCUGGCAAUUUUUGGGGAUGCUUGUUUCGCUUUAGUGCUUAAGUUUACCGCAUGGUGCGCGUGAUUAAAGUUUCGAGCGUUGCACGAGGUUUCAACUAUACGGAGAGUUAUCUCCGACCCGUCAUAUAAGUAUGUGCUGAGACUACCGAUGUGUACCGUCGGGUUCGAGCUGUUACCCUCAGUCCGUUUAACUUUAACAGCUUUUUGUAGUGCAGAGUGUCAAUAAAGACGUGUUCUACAUC